AUGCGGCUUCAACUUCUAAUCUUCCUUCUUGUUACGUUCAAUCUGCACGUCGUAGCUCGCCGUGGUGGCGGCGAUAGCGGCGGCGGCGGCGGCAGCCACGGCGGUUUCGGCGACGGUGAUGGUGGUGAUGAUGAUGGUGAAAGUGAUCCGAGCCAGAGCGACUUUAACAGGACAUGCCAAAGAAAAGCAGACUUUUCAAGUCCCUUGUGGCUACAUCGAUGGAUUGGGACGUACUAUAACGGAACCAUUGACCUGUCCCUUACUGUUAAUGCUUCCAAUACCUCCUGCAGCGACCAAUCCGCCAGAGUCCAUCAAACGUACAACGGUGUCCUAUCCAUUAUUUCGCCCGUAUAUAUAGACAUGACCAACAGCUUGGCACAGGGCUCGAGGCCGCUGAACCCGUUCAUUGUUCUUAUCUACGGAUGGCCUACAAACACCACAGAAGCUGACUUCCUUGACUACCGCCCGGCUCCGAACCACAUCCCCGACGAUGUCAACAUCUAUCUCGAAACCCAUUACGCUUUCAGAGAGUAUGGCAUAACCUACCCAUCAAAGACAGGAAUUGUGAUGAAUUCGCCGAGCUGUGACGUUGGUAACAUCACCAGUACCAACUCAGGCUACGGGUUUACUUGCCAGUACGGCAACCUAUUUGGCUUCGAUGAUGACCAUAGCAGCUUCUUGGUCCCACUGAAAGCGUGCAAUGACUCCGAUCCCGGGGCCGCAUACCCCUUCACAGCGUACAAGGACGAUAACACCCUUCUCCGCGGAGAGUUCGGUCCCGAAUCUGCCGAUUUUAGCUGGGCUGGAGGCUUUCACGGCCGGUUUAGCGGGAGCGGCGAAGGUGUCCGGGACAUAUACUUUAUCGACACUAUCGAUCACAUCGGCAAUUUUACCCUCCGAUUCAAAGGGUCCGUGGAUGCGGAACACAGUCAUCAGAUGGCUGUAAAGAAUGGCGGGAAUGUGUCAUGGGUGGAAGAUGAGGCUAAGCUGGAGGCGAAUACUUUCUGUUCCGUGUCUGUAGCGUUGCGUGCCAAAAUGUGGUUCAUAGGAGCUAUACUGUUUAGUUGGGAAUCCAAGCAUAUGAUGUUUCGCUCGUAA